UCACAGCUCGCCGACACCGGCGUGCGCUCGCUCCGCAUCGCCGCACUCGUCCGUUAUGUCUCGUACUUCGGAACAAGUUUGACGGGAAAUUCGAAGUUUUCCACGCGCGCCCCGGACUACGCUAGCGAUGUGCGCGAUAACAGUGGACCAAACGGUGACGAUUUAAAUAAAGUGACAGUAGAAAAGAGUGUCGUUCGAGAUGUUAUCGAUGGGAUUACUGGGUGUGUGGUAUGCGACAUGGUGGUGGAUGUGGCUGGGCGCCGGUGGCGCGUCACUGACCAGCCGGGUGGCGGAGGCUCCACAGGAGUGCGAGUGGCAGCGCGUGUCGGGUGGCGGAGGCGAGCCCACGCGCGUGCAGCUGGCGUGCUCGCUGCGCACGGCCGCCGGCGCCACCGACCUGCUCGCGGGGCUCAGUGCCUCCCAGGCGCAGCGCAUCACCGCGCUCGAUCUUCACUGCACGGAUGUUCUCUUUUUUGAGAGCUCGCUGGACGUUGGAAGACGAAAAGAAGAAGGAACCGAACUUCUAUCCCGUUUCCACAACCUAAAGGAACUUAGGAUAGAGUCGUGCAAGAUCAGAUAUGUGCCCUCUGCGGUUUUGUCACCUCUUAGCGGAUUACGAACACUGAGCAUCAGAACACAUAACACUGAUUGGUCUGCGAUGUCUAUGGAGUUUCACAGAGACACGUUUAGAGGAUUAACUGAUUUGCGAAGUUUAGAUUUGGGUGACAAUAACAUUUGGAUUUUACCAUCGGAGAUAUUCUGUCCCCUCUAUAAUUUGAAGGAACUUAAUGUAACCCAGAAUAGAUUACAAGACAUAUCGAAUAUGGGAUUUUCGGAUUGGGGCAAUGGACCGACUGCACCCGGCAAAUCAUGCAACACAGUUCUUGAAACUUUGGAUAUGUCGUACAACGAAAUUAGCGCUCUUCCCGAUAACGGUCUAUCAAGUUUACGUGCACUUCAAAGACUGUUUUUGCAGAACAAUAGAAUAUCUAAUGUGGCUGACCGCGCAUUCGUGGGACUGAGUGAUUUACAAAUGUUGAAUUUGUCGACCAAUGCUUUGACAGCUUUACCUCCUGAAAUGUUUCAGUCUUCACGAGACAUAAAGCAAAUAUAUUUGAAUAACAACUCUCUAAGUGUACUCGCGCCGGGACUCCUAGAAGGCUUGGAUCAAUUGCAAAUAUUGGACUUGUCUGUGAAUGAAUUAACUAGUGAGUGGGUGAACAGAGAUACAUUCUCCGGAUUAGUACGUCUCAUAGUUCUGAACUUAUCGCAUAAUAGAAUCACGAAGAUUGAUUCGUUACUAUUUCAAGACUUGAACAAUCUACAAUUUUUGAGUUUAGAGUUCAAUAACAUAGCACGUAUUGCAGAAGGCGCAUUUUCCAAUUUAAAAAAUCUUCAUUCCCUGUCAUUGGCACAUAACAAUAUUAUUGAAGUAGAUACAAGUCACUUUUCAAAUUUAUACGUUUUGAAUCAGUUAUUCCUAGAUGGCAACAGAAUAACAAAAGUUGACUUACGCUCUUUCGAAAAUAUAACUAAACUCCACGAUUUAGGACUGAGUGGAAACCAGUUAUCAGAAGUGCCGGAAGCCAUAAAGACGCUGAGAUUCUUGACGUCCCUAGAUUUAGGAAUGAACAGAAUAACAAAAGUCACAACAACACAGUUUGAAGGCUUGGAUGACUUAUACGGCUUACGUCUUGUGGGAAACAAAAUAGAGAAAAUAUCAAAGGAUACAUUUGCGGCUUUACCAUCUCUACAAAUAUUGAAUUUGGCUUCAAAUAACAUAGAUCAAAUAGACGAUGGAGCUUUUGCUUCGAAUCUACAGUUGAAAGCUAUUGGAUUGGAUGGCAACAAAUUGGUGGAUUUAAAAGGAAUAUUUACAAAUACCCAACCCCUUGUGUGGUUAAACGUGUCAAACAAUGAAUUGCUGUGGUUCGAUUAUAGCCACAUUCCUACAAACCUCGAGUGGUUGGAUAUGCAUGAAAAUAAGAUUGAGAAGCUUGAAGAUACAUACGGUGUCAAAGAAUCUUGUAACGUAAAGAUGCUCGAUGUCAGCUACAACAAAAUAAGAAGUAUAGAUGAAUUUUCUUUCCCGAGCAGUAUUGAGACGGUUGUUUUGAAUAAUAACUACAUUGAGAAAAUAAACCCUGGAACUUUCUUACAAAAAUACAAUCUCAAUAAAGUCAUGCUUUAUGCCAACAAGAUAAAAACAUUAGAAGUCGGUGCCUUUGCUAUAUCAGCUGUUCCAGAGGAGAAAGAUUUACCGGAGUUCUAUAUUAGCGAGAACCCAUUUGCCUGCGAUUGUACAAUGGAAUGGCUGCAGAGAAUUAACCAAUUAAGUGACCUCCGGCAGCGCCCGAGAGUAAUGGAUUUAGAAAGUGUAAGGUGCUCUUUAACCCAUUCACGAACCAAAUCGGAUGUGCUCUUAUUAGAAGUUAAGUCUUCGGAAUUUCUGUGCGAGUACGAUUCGCAUUGUUUCACCUUGUGCCAUUGUUGUGACUUUGACGCGUGCGAUUGCAAGAUGACUUGUCCAGAUAGAUGCUCGUGCUAUCAUGAUCUUACCUGGAACUCCAACGUGGUCGAUUGUUCGAGCGCCGGCUACGAUCACGUCCCCGACCGAAUACCGAUGGACGCGACCGAAAUAUAUUUGGACGGAAACGAUCUUAAAGAAUUAGGAAAUCACGUUUUCAUUGGUAAAAAACGAUUGCAAGUUCUGUAUCUCAAUAACAGCAAUAUCAACACAAUACAAAAUAGAACAUUUAACGGUAUUGAAUCGCUUAGAAUACUCCACUUGGAAAACAAUAACAUUGAGGUAUUGAGGAACACCCAAUUCACGAGGCUACAAAAUCUGAAUGAGCUUUAUUUACGGGAUAAUAAAAUAAAAGUGAUAGAAAAUGACACUUUUAAUUACCUGCCUUCUCUUGAGUUCUUAGACCUUGACAAUAACGGUUACGUUGAUUACAUGCCGUGGCGAGUCAUUACGGACAACAAUCCCCGUACUCGUGUCUCUGUAGAUGGAAACAACUGGAUAUGUGAUUGUAAAGACGUGGCUCAACUGAAUCAAUGGCUAAUAAAAAAAUCAAAAGAUACCGAGACCAUGAUGUGCUACUUCGCUCACGGCCAGCCAAUGAACAAGACCAUUGCAGCCGUGGCCAAGGAAUGUAAAACAGAGACCACUACUGAGGAAACCGGCACAGAGACUUUAAAGCGCCUCUUCAUCGAAUCGAAUGACGGGGUCGAAAAUUACAUUCCAUAUAUUGCAGUGGUCUUGAUAAUAGCAAUCAUUCUCUUGCUGAUGUGUGCUCUAUUGUUCAUGUUUAGAGAGGAUUUCAAGUUGUGGAUGCACUCAAGGUACGGUGUAAGGGUAUUUAGUUCCACGCCGAAGGACAUGAAUGACAAUAAAAACAAACGCUUCGACGCUUUCUUCGUGUACAAUCCACGGGACGAAGACUUCGUGACUCGCGCCGUGAGUUCCGAGUUGGAGAACUCGGGACAUUCUCUGUGUUUACAACACAGGGACCUGCAGUUGAUCGAAAGACGUUCUAGUGAUAGUUUAGUGAGUGCAUCGGAAAGUUCUAAAAGACUAGUGAUAGUUUUAUCGAUAAACUUUUUGCAACAAGAGUGGUACUCACCCGAGUCAAAAGCGGCCGUGCAAAGUGCUAUUAACUCCGUGAAUGUUAGGCAUAGACGUCAGAAGAUCAUAUUCCUUGUGACGACGGACUUAAGUGCCAUAAAUAUCGAUCCGGACUUGAAAGUGUUGCUUAAAACGUGCACAGUGAUAGUGUGGGGCGAGAGAAAUUGUUGGGAAAAGCUAAAUUUUCGGUUACCGGAUGUGGACGUAACGCUGCCGAAUCGGACGCUUCAUAACGCGAAUAACAUGAAAAGUGGUAAUAGGGAGGGAUUUGGCAGGCACGGGAAUCUAAGAUACACUGCGCCGCCGACGUCUCAUGAUCCGUGGUACAAGUAUGGGAUGGCGCCGCCUAUAUUGAUGAUGUCGAGUCCUAUGCACUCAACGAGCGCAAGCGCAGAGGUGUCUGCGCGGAGUACAGAGGACGAGACGUGCUCGGUGGCGAGCAGUGAGGGCCGGCCCGACGACCGCCUGCCGCACCAUCACAGCUACGUCUCCAUCGACAAUCAUCAGUGCGAGGAGCGCCCCCUCAGGCCCGCACAACAGAUUCCCAUGUCUAACACUAGACCUAAUAAUAUGAGGAAGACUUACUUUGUAUAGACUAUCAAUGUGAUUUCUUUGUAAGUUGUAAAUAUAGUAUGUUAAACUUUUCGAAUUAACCACCGACGCACAUGUAUGUAGCAUAUCCAAAUUGAUAAAAAUAUGUUAUUGUUGGUGCUGAAUGAAUGCUAUGAUGCGGACGUGAGAUAAAUAAACAAAUUGUUUUCAUGGAAUCUUUAAAUAAUAGUGUAAGUAGUUAUCUUAAAAAAAAUUAAGCAUAAUUCGUAUCUAUCGCAUUUAUAUAAAUACGUAAUUUUGUACCUGUUCUAUUUAACUGUCUUCGUAUGUCUGCCUUUACUUUGUAAACAUUUUGUCACAAAACAAUGCAUUCCUUUUUAUAGAUAACUGUUAUAUAAAUAUUACUGGUAUUAUAAGGUUCCUGAUAACGUAAGUCCUUGACAGGAGGAGGUAAUAUAACUAAUUUGUGAUAAAGUUAGGUACUUAUGCAUUGAAGACUUUAAGAAUCGAAGUGAGAAGUGUAGAAUAUGAAAUGGAAAUUUGUAAAAAGUAAUAUAAGAAAACGAUGAUGAAGAACUGAAUUGUACCCUAGUCAAUUGUAAAUAACUAAUUGUAAGCAUAAGUACAUUAUUUGUGAUGUAAUUUUUAGUUAGAACAUGAAAAAAUUGUAUUUAUUACGCUUCCAAACGCAGAGUAUGAAUAAAUUAAUAUUUUUCUCUA